AUGUCUGGCAGCGGCGUCGAGCAGGCUUCUGGCACGCGGCAUUCCCAGCCGUUUGGGCGACAAUCAUCAACACCAUCCUAUAGCCAAUCCGCGAACGAUGCUCUCAGUCCAUUUGAGGUCUCACCGAUUACACCUUUCUCCCCGUCCAGUACCUUGGCCCACACCACGUAUCCCUCCUCCCGCCGAUCGGGCUUCGAGUCAAUCGAUUCCAUUUCCUCAAGUCAUCUGCACUCUGGCGGUCAACCUGAAGACCAGACUGGGCGUGACUCUCCCGAUCCUGACGACUAUUAUCGACAGAGUCCACCUUUGUCAGCACCACCCAAGGCGGGCGUUGGCAAUGUGACGGGUGCAAGGGACGGCAUGGCAUCGGGUCCCUCGCCGAAUGAGAGAGUGUCCGCUUUGCCAGCAAACGUCGUAGAAUCCUCCCGCACCAGACGCCCAAUACCUCGCUCCGUAUCUGAUUCGCCCACCUUGGGCGAAGGCCCCGCCAAUGUAUCUUCAGCAGGCACUUCUAUCAACUCCCGACAGCCAUCCUUCAGGGACCUUGUCAACCGGUUCAACAAUACUUCUGAUUCAGUCCUCCCCCUCCCCUCUACAUCUCGAUCAACUUCUCGCGCUGCGAGCCCGACAGGCAGCGAACACGGAUCUGAGCGUUCUUCCCUGUCACGACGUCGUCAAUUGCGCGAGUCUUUACCACCUAUUUUCGACGUGCGCAGCCCUACGGUGCAGAUUGAGCCACAACCAUCAUUGCCUCAGACACAAGGACCGACGAGGCCACUAACAACAGUUCCACCCCCACUCUACCAACGUAUUCCAGAAUCGCAUUCGCGACGACCGUUGUUCGGUGAACUGUUGACUCUGAAUACGCAGCUGACCACCCCGGGUCUUGGAAUCCCAGCGCACCUGAGACGAAGGGGCUCCGACGGCAGCAUAUCAAGCCCAAACCCGGCUUUUCUAGACCUGGCCAACCCAUCCUCGAUUCGAACACCGCUGACACCAACGGCGUGGUAUCUUGGACAGGCAAAUUCGCUUGAGGCCGUGCAGUCUAGUGGGAGGAAAAGUCUCAGUCACCGCAGAUCGCGGAGUGACUUUGUGAAUUCGUACAGCGAAUCCCUUGCAGAGCCGUGGAAUCCUGAGAUGGCGGUUUCAGCACCCUUGCAGCCGUGGAAGACCGGGGACGGGUCUCCCGACAAUCCAAAUUCCAGAUCCCGCAUUCCGAUUUCCUCGCGCCGCCUCAGCUCUGGUUCCGGCUCGGAAACUCUCUCCCCAACCGCGAAUGCGACAUUCAGCAGUCGCUCAAACUCCAUAUCAUUGGCCCCUAAGGGCACAAGUCGACUCCCUAAACCAUCUGGAAUCAAUAGCCCUACCAGCACGAAAGAAGAUGGUUCUGCUUCGUUUGCAAUGACAGCGCGUGGCCGCCGGGACGUGGCCGUUGGCCGAACCCGUCAUUCGGUAGCGGAUCGGAUCGCUGACCGUGGCGCGGAGCGUAAUAUUCCCCGACCGCGCCAACGUCAAUUGCCCGAACUGGGUAACGUGGAUUUCGAAACGCGGAGACAGCGCAUCCAGCAAGCAUUCAACCGGUCUGUUCAAGAGAAUGAACGAAAAGAAGAGGAGGAAGCGGAACUUCGACGUCGUACAAGGGUGAUAGCAGUACCUGAAUCUCCCGAGGAUGAGCAGACAACACCAAGUGCGGCUACCAGCAACCAUCCCUUACCCAUAGAAAUGACCACGACAGUUACAGAGUUAACAGAGGCUCCUGUUGACGACGGCGUGGAGCCUCGUAUUGUGCCUCAACUUCAUUUGAAUACUUCGGUCUCUGCUUCGGAUAACAAUGCUCCACACACAACAAUGGAUUCUCCAACACUUGGUUUGCCGGAUGGUAGUCACCGUGAGCUAUCGAACAAUGGCGCGCCUGGAUUGAACGUCCCUGACAGUGCCGCACCAAACUCAGCCAGCUCUGAUGAUACUCAUAUCGAUCCGGAACCGCAGAUACAUCUCAUCCCACGCAAACCUAGCGCGGCCCAAACCCACCGCACUUUGCUGAACCAUAUCAUGCAGAUUCGCGAAUCCAGCUCGAGCAGUGAAUCAUGCGAUGAGCCAGAAUGCAGUAUGUCCGAGAAUGAUGACAAGGAGUCGAUCCAAAUUAUGCUUCCUGGGCCACCCUUCUUCCGAUCUUCGGGCAGCCUGGAUCCCCAGGAGACUAGGAAAGGCCAGCCGUUGCAGCAACAAAUUCAAGCUGCCGAUCCAUCUGACCCUAGAUGGAGUAUGAGCUCUUGGUCUUCUUCCGUGCAUAACCAAGAAUCAACUUGCGACGAACAUUGCGACGAGGACAGCGGGGAAGACUCUGUUCUCCAGGGACCUAAUCCAGGGAUAGAGCAGCCACCCACCGAGCCGUGCUCGGCUGCUCAAACGCGCCCGGCUUCGUUCGCAGAUGAUGAGCAUGAAGACGGCCCACUCCAGGAUCUUGGGUUAAUGGGCCCAGAUACGCUCCAAACAUCACAACUACCCGCAUCCAAUCUGUUCUCCACACCCCCGAUCCUCGUUAAGAGAGGAAAAUGGGACUCGCGCCGCGUUACACAGUUGUAUCUGGAAGAAUUGGCCCGAGGCAGGGCACCCGACCAUGGUCUUCCUACAGCCCGGGCUUCUCCUGGCCUCCCACCAGCGCUCCCUUCGCCUGGCCUUCCAGCCGCCCGCCAAGUGCCCGCCGCUAGACCAAGGGAAUAUGCAGUGGGACCACAAGAGAACAUACGCCAAGAUAUACGAGUUCCCGCAAUGCGGAUUGAUGCUCCGACGGAUGGUUUGGAAGACGAGCCAGUGGUAGUGCCCAGGUUCCAGGAUCCUUCCGUCGCUUCUAACCGACACUCCAAUGCGGCAAGUCUGGUUGGGCCCGGUGACUGGGAAGAUGCUUCCCCGUCUGUUAUGGACUGGAUGCAGAUGGCUGCUGAAGACGACCAAGUCACUCCUGCCAAUGAAAGACCUGAGUAUAUGAACGACGGCCUUGGACUCUCUAACACUGAGCUCCCAGUCGAGUCCCAAGCUUCCCUUGGACCUUCUGCCGCUUUCCACAACAUCCACAGCCAAUCGCAGCCGAGUCACAGCAACCAGAUACUUCCAAUCCACCUGCCAGCAGUGUCCCACAGCGCAGGAAGCAGUGAGGAUUCCUCACUUCGACGAGUCGAACCAAGUCAUUCUGAUCAAGCUGCAGGAUCUUCUGCUACAUCAUUGGCACCAUCUGCUGAAAACCCAGUGCGCAUGGACUCGAGGAAGUCGCCCUCACCAGAACAGCGACGCCUCAAGAAACGACGCAACGUCAUCAAAGAGCUUGUUGACACGGAACAUACGUUCGGCCGUGACAUGAAGGUCGUGGAUGAUAUUUACAAGGGGACGUCAGGAUCUUGUCUAGAUCUCUCGCCGGAGGAUGUUAAAAUUCUUUUUGGCAACUCAAACGACAUUGUGCAAUUCUCUCAAUCCUUCCAAGAUGCACUGAAGCAAGCUGCGAGAAGCAUUUACAUCAUGCCAAAGUCUCAGCGCUGGAGCAGCAAACGAAAUGCUGAUCGUCCUGCCUCACAGGCCGUCGAGGAGGAGGCGUCGGCGGAUGCAGGCUUUUCGGAUCUCGAAAAGGAUCGUGCCACCAAUAUUGGUCAGGCAUUCGCCACCAACAUGGCUCAAAUGGAAAGAGUCUAUUCCGAAUACUUGAAGAAUUAUGAUGCUGCAAACAAGAAAUUGCAGAUUCUCCAGGGAAACCCGAAAGUCGAUAUUUGGCUGAGGGAAUGCCGGGAUUGGGCGGCGGAUCUGACUACCGCCUGGGAUUUGGAUUCGCUGCUGGUUAAGCCUGUACAACGGAUUCUCAAAUACCCCCUUCUCCUUAAUGAGCUUCUAGCUGCAACACCAACUGAUCACCCUGACCACGCACAACUUUUGAAUGCCCGCACGGAAGUGACAAACGUUUCUAUCAGAAUCAAUGACAUGAAGAAGCGUGUAGAUGUCGUGGGCCAAGUGGUUGGUCGGAAACGCAAUCAGUCUGAUGUCCGAGCGGGUCUGUCAAAAGCUUUUGGGCGUCGCACAGAGAAGUUCCGGCAACAAGUGGGGAUGUCUGACUUGGUCGAAGACAAGGAAUACGAUGCCUUGUCCCAGAGCUUUGGUGACGGAUUUUUUCAGUUGCAGGUGGUCAUGCGUGACGUCGAGAUGUAUACUCGGGAAACGACACGUGCAAUGGAUCAAUUGAAUGACUUUGUUCUUUCCAUUGAAGGUGUGAUGAAUGUCUCGCCAUCACAGUACCACGAGUUGGAGGCCAAAUGGCGUCUGUUCAAAAAUUCAAUCAGGGAGAUCAUUACCGUUGAUUUGCCUGAGCAUCUUGGCGUGGUCCGCAAUAGUGUCAUUCAACCAAUGGUCACAUUGCUUAAAAUUCACGAAGGGCCCCAGCGAGUGAUGAAGAAGCGCGAUAAGCGUUUGAUUGAUUAUGGUCGCUACAAGGCUCUCAUCGAUCGCGGCGACAAACCCGAUAAGAAAACCACCGAGCAGGGCGAGCAAUACACUGCCUUGAAUGAAACUUUGAAGGAAGAGUUACCCAGACUGUAUGCAUUGACUGCGAAGCUCAUGGAAGCCUGCCUCAAGAACUUCGUCCAGAUACAGACAACCUGGUGGGGAAUCAUGCAGAAGAAAGUGGGAGCUCACGUGGACACGUUCCCAGAUUCCUUCGAGAAAUUGAUCAGCGACUGGAGCAGUGACUACAACCUUGCAGAGGCACAAGUUCUCUCUCUUGGUAUCUGCAACGGUGCCCUGCUAGCUGAAACCGUGAAUCUUGUGAACUUUAAUACGCCUUCAGUAGGAGUUGGUGGUAUGGCCUCUCCUCGUCGGCCUUCCAUGAGCUCAACUCGUCGAACCUCCACUGCCAAUAGCUCUACCCAUCGCCGGUCGAUUAUAGAAGAUUCACCCAAAGUCUCUCAAGACUUCGGUGGCGUCAGCCAGCUCUUCCAAUCUCCCCGGAUUGAGAGCUCGUCAAGCACCAGCCGUCAUCGGGCUGACUCGACUUUCUCCGGGCGCGCCAUCCCCGAAUCCCCGGAUACAUCACGCAGCCUACAACAAGUUACCCGCUCUUCGUCUGGUGUCGGGGACUCCCAACAAUCAGCUGGAACCGAGGCAUUCCCUAGUUUGCCGAGACUCAGUAUCGAUGGGCCUUUACUUGCCGAAAUCCUUAGAGCUACGUCUGGUGGCAACGACCCAUCAAUUGCCCCGGCCCGAUCCUCUGGCUUGUUUUCGUCGGCCAUGCCAAUGUCCGAUAACCCCAACGAGCAUGAGCCUCCACAGGACCCUGAAGUCCAUGCCCCCAAGGAACCUGCAGUGUUGUUCCUCGCCGCAAGUCUCUACGAGUUCAAUAUCGAUCGUGCCCGGCGUGAGGCAGGGUAUCCCUACUUGACCUACGUGGCUGGAGAAAUCUUCGACGUCUUCGGUGAGAAGGGCGAGUUGUGGCUUGCCCGCAACCAAGAUGAUUCCACCAGCCAGGUUGGCUGGAUAUGGAUGAAGCAUUUUGCCAAGCUGUCAUCAUAG